CUAGAAGAUGUCUGGUCGCGGUAAAGGAGGGAAAGGGCUCGGGAAAGGCGGCGCCAAGCGGCACAGGAAGGUGCUCCGUGAUAACAUCCAGGGCAUCACCAAGCCUGCCAUCCGCCGCCUAGCUCGCAGGGGAGGCGUCAAGCGCAUCUCCGGCCUCAUCUAUGAGGAGACUCGCGGGGUGCUGAAAGUCUUCCUGGAGAACGUCAUCCGGGACGCCGUCACCUACACCGAGCACGCCAAGAGGAAGACCGUCACCGCCAUGGACGUGGUCUACGCGCUCAAGCGCCAGGGCCGCACUCUCUACGGCUUCGGGGGUUAA